CGCGAGGCCCCGCACGCCCUGACCGCCGAUCUCCUCGACGCCGUCCGAGCAGCCUCUGGCUCGGAGGUGUCAGGCGGGAUGCAACUUAUGGGAUCGAAGAAGAAGCUUCAGUCGAAGGCGUCGCUUCGAUCGCCUCCGUCGCGUGGAAGCCAACUCGCCGAGGAGCUGCACCGAUCCCACGCGCGAUACGAGAACGACCUGUUUUCUGAAAUUCUUGCGAAGCUGAAGGCGAAGAAAGAGCGAGGCGCAGAGGAUUCUCAGGUGUACGAACACCUCCCCGUGAGCAGCCCAAAGAGAAACGAACUCCCUGGCGAUUCAACGGAGUCCACGCGCAGCGACGUAUUGUCCGGCCUGGCAAGCAAGGCGCUGAACGUUGAGUUGGUGGAUACCGCAAUCGAUCCGGAGUGGGCCUUCCAGCAGUUCAGUGGGAAGAAAAUCGACGCAGGCGCGCGUUUCGACGACCGCCUCGACCGCUUGACCGAAACGCCCGAAGAGGUGAAACUCCACGGGUACUUUCCCUUCCAGAAGGAGAGUGCAAAGAGCAGAUACGAACGCCUUAUCACGGAGGUGCCUCACGCCCUGGUCGCAGUGAAAGAAUACUUCUCCAACGUCGACAUGCUCGAAAAGAUACACAAGCAGGAGGAGCAGCUCCCCGAGGAAUCCAGGGCCGGUUUCCUCCUCAGACUCAACGGCAUGUUGGAAGACCAGGGAGCGGCGCUCAGCCGCCUGGUGAAGAACUACGUGGCGACGGAUGUGCCACUCCAGAACAUUUUGUUCGGCCGAACGCAUUUCACACCCGAGGGAGAACCUGUUGACGUCGAUUUGUUCGAUGCAUAUUGCCCCGAUGAUUGCGUCGCCGUCGAUGCCGUCGCCUCCAGCGUUCUCAGAGAUGCCAUGCUGAAUGAUGAAGUCGUUGCUGCGAAUCUCGAGAGGCGCGUAGCAGCCAUCGAGAGUCGUCUGGAUGAGGUUUCGGAGAUGAUCGAUGAAGACAACCUGCUUCCUUGGGAAGACCUCACGGCGGAGGCUCUCCACCGCUUCAAGGCCGAUUCGCGGGACUUCGCAACGCAACUCGCUUCCGUGGACCGUCUCCUUUCGCGAACCCUCUCCGAGGCCGUUUUGAGCCAACUGGAGACGCGGCUCCAACUGGUGAAGAGACAGCUCGACGAGCAAGAAGAGUUUUUACGGCGGCGACAGCAGCAGCGAGUUCGAGAGAAGCAGCGACAGCUCGACAGCGGAAAUGCCCCUGUCGGCUACGACGACAUCCUCGAAGAUUGGAAACCGGAGAAACUCCUUGAGAAACUCCACCAAUCGCUCAAGGACUUCAAGGACACCGCAGAACGGGUUGACACGAUUGGAGGCCAACUGGAAGCCGCGUUUGCUGCGCGCGAACCUCUCGUGGGCUUCCUCCAGCAGAUGCGCAAGCAGGAAAAGCAAAACGAGGUUUUGAAGGCCUCUCUGGGAUCGACAGUGGAGAUGCUGAAGUCGUUGAAUGCAACUCGGACGAUGGCGACGGAUUCGUCGGCAGUAUCCGCGGUGUUAGGUUUUUCGGGCGUGGAAGUGACGGGCAAGGCGGGAGGAGUGAAGAAGAAGGUAUCAGGUUUGCCUGCCACUUUUGCGCGGGCUCACGAGGCUUCGACGCUGGUGCGGGCUUCCGGCCGCAUGUCGAAGGACGGCUCUCGAGAGCGCGAGCAACGGAGCGGCCUGACGCACAGAGCCUCACGUGACUCCAGCGAGCGGCGGGUGCGGCGAACGACCUCCCUCGAUGGAACGCCUUGA